CCUCUCUCCCCCGCGAUUUUCGCGUUCCCUCUCUCUGUAUCUAUCAAAUUUGUUUCUCCCCAAAAAAGCUUUCAACUCUACAAUUCUUGUGCAAUCUCAUGAUAGCUUAAUUCAUUAAUCACACCUCCACAAUUAAUUAACUAAUUAAUCGAAAUUAAUAUUAACAAUUACCAAUGCCUUCUUCUUCUACAACAACAACAACAACGAGAAGAAGAACCCCGCCCGGUAUUCUUCUACUAAGAAACAAAGAAUGGAACCUUCAAACAUACCGUUACACGGUUCUAUUAAUAACAUUCCUCGCCUACGUUUGCUACCACGCUUCACGAAAACCAACCGGAAUAGUCAAAAGCGUCCUCUGUCCCGAUCCAACAAGAACCAAAAACAAAGGCUGGUCCCCAUUCAACGGACCCGAAGGAACUUCCAAAUUAGGCGAAAUCGACGUAGCUUUUUUAGCUUGUUACUCUCUUGGAAUGUACGUAGCAGGUCACUUAGGUGAUUCCCUCGACCUUCGUAUGUUCCUAACAAUGGGAAUGGUUUUUAGUGGAAUCUUCGUUGGUCUUUUCGGAAUGGGUUAUUUCUGGAAUGUUCACGGAUUUUGGUUUUAUUUAACAAUGCAAAUGAUUGCUGGGUUGUUUCAAGCAACAGGUUGGCCUUCUGUUGUUGCGGUUAUUGGGAAUUGGUUUGGGAAAAGAAAGAGAGGACUCAUAAUGGGUGUUUGGAAUGCUCAUACUUCUGUUGGUAAUAUAACUGGCUCCCUUCUUGCUGCUAGUGUUUUGGAUUAUGGUUGGGGUUGGUCUUUUGUUGUUCUUGGUGCUGUGAUUAUGGUGGGUGGUUUUGUUGUUUAUUUUUUCUUGGUUGCUUAUCCUGAGGAUGUUGGCUUUUGUUUUGUGAAUGGGGAUGAAGAGGCUCAACUGGUUAAGAGUGUUGGUGUUGGUGGUGGUGUUGUUGUGGUUGAAGGAAGGAGGGAGAAUAACGGUGAAAGGAGUGGUGGGAGAGGGAAGAGUAUUGGGUUACUUGAAGCUUGUAUGAUACCGGGUGUUAUUACUUUUGCUUUUUGUCUUUUCUUUGCUAAGCUUGUUGCUUAUACUUUUCUCUAUUGGUUGCCGUUUUACUUGACUCAGACAGAAAUCGGCGGGAAUUACAUGUCUGUUAAAUCUGCUGGGAACCUAUCAACCUUGUUCGAUGUGGGGGGUAUUUUUGGGGGAAUACUUGCUGGCUACAUGUCUGAUAAACUCAGUGCCCGUGCUAUAACCGCCGCCACCUUCAUGUAUGCAGCAAUUCCUGCAAUGCUUUUGUACCGAUCAUAUGGAAAUGUUUCUAUGCACGCCAACGUCGCACUUAUGAUCGUAACUGGAUUAUUUGUAAAUGGACCCUAUUCACUUAUCACUACAGCUGUCUCGGCUGACUUGGGUACACAUAGUUCUCUCAAAGGAGAUUCUCGCGCUCUAGCUACGGUGACUGCUAUUAUAGACGGUACCGGAUCAAUUGGUGCGGCCAUUGGCCCUCUUCUUACAGGGUUCCUGUCAACAAGGGGAUGGGAUGAAGUUUUCAUGAUGCUAAUCUCGGGGGCUUUUAUUGCUGGUCUUCUUCUGUCGCCUUUGAUCUUAGCCGAAAUCGCAGAGAAAACUGGUAAAACUAUGCCCAAUGGACAGCAAAAUGAUGGAGAUGCUGCAUCUCAACCGCUUCUGGAUGAAGAAAGGUGACACUGAUCGGGACAUCACGAAUCAUCAAAAUAUAGUGUCUUGUAAAUUAUAUAUGAGAAAUUUGUAAGAUUUUGUUAGUAUUCGCUGACUUUAGCUUGCUGCGCCAUUUCAUUGUUCAUAUUUUCAAUGAUGAUGAUAUAUGUCUCAGCUGAUAAGUAAGUCAACCAGUAGAUUGCAUCCAUUUAGUUGUCUUUGUCCAUACUCUAGAGAGUUCCAGAGGGAUUCAUGGCUCACCAUUGGUUGGGGAUGGAACAAUAUUCCUUUCCAUGGUUAUUCGACUUCCCCGGGAAAACAUGUGGAUUCAUGGAUCGCAUGUUGAGACAGUUUUCUUCUCGUGUCACAUUCACAUUGUAAGAGCCUUUGUUUUCAAUUUUUGUCUGCAGCAGGUUAUUAAUUAGGAUUUACAACUAACUUUCUAUCUUGAUCAUAAUCCAAAUCCUCUCCACCCAUCUCAAACCUUGUUGAUAUUUAGAAGAAAAAUGUUCCUCAAUUAGACUUGUAAAUGCAAAGAUGAAGUAACUAGAUAAUUAAUUUUUGGUACAUGCUAUAGCUAUGAGCCUAUGAUGCGUGUGUUGUACUUUUGUUUUUUGGCUAAUUCUGCUUAAUGUUUGAAUAGUGAAAAGACACUAGACAGUCAUUUUUAUUGUCUUCA